AUGGAGAGCCCUGAGGAGGAGGAGGAGGCCGCCGUCGCCGCCGCCUCCGCCCUGCGCAGCCCCCGCGUGGGCGGCUUCCACAAGCGGCGGGGCGGCGGCGGCGGCGCUUCGGAGGGCCCGCCGCUGGCCGACUCUGAGGCGAAGGCAGUAGAAGCGGACGGGAAGCCGCCGCCGCCAACCGCCCUGUCAUCGUCGUCGGGCUCUGAGGAACUGGCGGCCGGGGCGGAGCUGGCCGAAGGGCCGCUGCCGCACCGCCGCCCGCCUCACCGCCACCCGGCGGCGGCGUCUCCCCUUCAGCGGCGGCGGCGGCGCCGCGGCCACCGCAGCAGCCGCCUGCUGCUGCUCGACCCCGGCGGCGGCGCGCUCAUGGACGCGGCGGGCGGCGGCGCCGUGCUGUACUCGGCGCUGGGCCGCGAGGAGGAGGAGGCGGAGGAGGGCGACGACGACGACGACGACCUCGACGAGGAGGAAGACGACGACGACGACGACGAGAGGCAGGACUUGGGCGGCGGCGGCGGCGGGCUGGGCAGCAGCGAGAGCGCCGGCAGCGGCUUCUCGUUGCCCGGCGGCGGCGGCGGCGGCGGGCCGGAGCCCCGCAAGCGCGCGCGAGCGACGGGCAGCGGCGGCGGGCUGAGCGGCCGCGCCUCCUCCGCCUCCUCGGUGGGCGCCCGCGGCUACGAGGUGGUGCGCGAGCUGGGCCCGGAGGAGGUGCGCUGGUUCUACCGCGAGGACCGCAAGAGCUGGAAGCCCUUCAUCGGCUACGACUCGCUGCGCAUCGAGGUGGCCUACCGGGCCCUGCCGCUCCUGGACCCGACCGGCGACGCCCCAGGCAGCCCGGAGAACGACGACGCCCCGCCGCCGGGCACCCUGUCGCCGGAGCCGGUGUGUGUCCGCGGGGGCCUCUACGAGGUGGACGUCGCCAACGCCGAGUGCUACCCGGUCUAUUGGAACCAAUCUGAAAAGAUUCCUGUGAUGCGUGGGCAGUGGUUUGUUGAUGGCACAUGGCAACCUCUAGAAGAAGAAGAAAGUAAUCUGAUAGAACAGGAACAUCUCAGCUGUUUCAAAGGGCAGCAGAUGCAAGAGAACUUUGACAUGGAAGUAUCGAAACCUGUAGAUGGAAAAGAGGUUAUCUACCACCUCCCUCCCUUCUCCCUCCAUUCUCUGUUCAAAUGGAGAGGAUAUAAGGACAAUACAGAGGCUGCAGGGCUUAAACGCAAGUGGUCGGAAGCUAUUCAUAGUUUGAAGCUGAGUCGCAACCAUGUGGACUGGCACAGUGUGGAUGAAGUGUAUAUGUACAGCGAUGCAACAACUUCGAAGAUUGCAAGAACUGUAACUCAGAAGCUGGGGUUUUCCAAAGCUUCAAGCAGUGGGACAAGGCUUCAUAGAGGCUACGUUGAAGAAGCUACAUUAGAAGACAAGCCAUCGCCAACAACUCACAUCGUGUUUGUUGUACAUGGCAUCGGACAGAAAAUGGACCAAGGAAGGAUUAUCAAAAACACCGCCAUGAUGCGGGACACUGCAAGGAAAAUAGAAGACAAAUAUUUUAGCAACCUUGCAACACAUGUUGAAUUUUUGCCAGUUGAAUGGAGAUCCAAACUUGCACUUGAUGGAGACACUGUUGACUCUAUUACUCCAGAUAAAGUCCGUGGCUUAAGGGAUAUGCUCAAUAGCAGCGCAAUGGACAUAAUGUAUUAUACGAGUCCCCUCUACAGAGAUGAGCUGGUGAAAGGCCUUCAACAGGAGCUGAAUCGUUUGUACACCCUUUUCUGUUCUCGGAAUCCAGAGUUCACCGAAAAGGGUGGGAAAGUAUCCAUUGUGUCACAUUCCUUAGGAUGCGUCAUCACGUAUGACAUCAUGACUGGGUGGAAUCCAGUCAGGCUCUAUGAACAGUUACUCGAGAAGGAGUACGAUGAUCUAGAGGACACCUGGAUGAGCUAUGAAGAGCAGCAUUUGCUAGAGGAGUUUUAUUUAACCAAGCAGCGAUUGAAGGAGAUAGAAGAGAGGUUGCACGGGCUGAAGAAAUCCACCAUAUCUAAGACACCUGCCUUAAAAUUCAAGGUUGAAAAUUUCUUCUGUAUGGGAUCUCCAUUAGCCGUGUUUUUGGCCUUGCGCGGCACCCGUCCAGGAAACCGUGGAAGUCAAGAUCACAUUCUGCCCAGAACUAUUUGUAACCGGUUGCUAAACAUUUUUCAUCCAACAGAUCCAGUGGCCUAUAGACUAGAACCUUUAAUUCUCAAGCACUAUAGCAACAUAUCUCCUGUCCAGAUCCACUGGUAUAACACCACGAACCCUCUACCUUAUGAGCACAUGAAGCCAAGUUUCCUCAACCCGGCAAAAGAAUCUACCUCAGUCUCUGAGAGUGAAACACUCCCAACGAUACCCAGCCCGACGACGUCACCCGUCAUGGCCCGGCGCCACUACGGGGAGUCCAUAACGAACAUAGGCAAAGCAAGUAUAUUGGGAGCUGCUAGCAUUGGGAAAGGCCUCGGAGGGAUGCUCUUCUCACGGUUUGGACGUUCCAGUGCUCCCACCAUGCAGGCUCUCGAGUCAGGAAAAGAAGAGACAGAAGUGGAGGACAAGAAGGCAGCCUUGAACCAGACCUCCAUCGGGACUCAGACGUUCCCACACAGCAGCUCCGGCUUCCUAGACCCAACAUUGGACCUGGAGCACCGGAUCGACUUUGAGCUCCGGGAAGGCCUGGUGGAGAGCCGCUACUGGUCUGCCGUCACGUCGCACACAGCGUACUGGUCGUCUAUGGACAUUGCACUCUUCCUUCUUACCUUCAUGUACAAGCAGGACCAAGAGGAGGAUGGCAUCAAGUCCCAUUUAGACUCAGUUUGAUUUUAGCUUGGGGGGAGUGGGGGAGGGGGUGGGGGGAGGAGGAGGAGGAAGAAUGAAACUUGACAAAUGGCACAAAGCAAUCUAAGUGCAGCGCUUGUUUUUAAGGCAUGGUGGUUUCAGGUUCAAAUGCAUGUCUGGAUUUCUUCCUUCCAAGGUUAUUUGUCCUUCGAGGCACAUUCCCCGUCCUGGGCUAAUGGGGGCCUUGGUGAAAGGCUGUUCUCAGCUCCCAGCCCUUUGACGAUAACACGCAAGCCAGCAGGGGCUGUUCCAGCAUCCAUCGCAGGAUUGGGGCCUCUUUGCAGAUGAAUCAUAAGUGUGUUUUUUUUAAGUGCAAAGAGUAGUCUGCUCAGAUGGGAGUUCGUUUCCAUUUAAGAAGAAUGCCUGGAAACCUCAACUGGCCAUGUUCUGUGUCCUCUGUAUGGCUACGUAAGAAGCAAAUGGCUUUUCUUGUUCUUAUAUGAAGCCUGUUGCUCCUUGGCCCUUUGGAAUGACAGUCACACGAAGAGUGUGCUAACACAACUCACUCCAAUACUAACACUGGCAAACAGGCAUGAGGUGAAUAUUUUUAAAUAUUAUCAUUAUAAUUUAUUAUUACCUCCAACUAACUGUUUUGUUUUAGCCCAGUGUGUAAAAAGCGUUACUUUUCUACUGUUUUUCCCCCUUUUUUUUUUCGUUUUUGGAGCAGGGGGCCUAAUUUAAAGAACCACAUUUAUUUUCUACAGUGUUAAGACUUUAUUCCUCAGAUGACAUAUCUUUGUACUAUUCAGAUGGAGCUAUGGACACUGGCACACUUUUCAGUAUUUUUUCAUUAAAAAAAUAACCUUUGUGUUAUCACACGA